GCUCCCGCCGCCGGGCCCCGCCCCGCCCCUGCCAGGCGCAGCGCCGGGGCCGGCAGGAGCGGCGCCGCUCCGAGACAUGAGGGGGGCCCGGCCCCGCCAAACCCUGCACCCCGGCCCGGGCCCGGCGGUCGCCCACUGAGCGGCCUGGUCCCCUCUUCGCCGCCAUGAAAAGCCCCAAGGAGGCCGCGGACUCGGAGCCGCCCUCAGCUGACUAUGUCCAGUUGCAAGUGCCAGUUAUUCAGCAGUUGUACCAUUGGGACUGUGGGCUAGCCUGCUCCAGGAUGGCACUGCAGUACCUGAAUCAUUUGAAUGAUGAGGAAUUUCAGAAAGCCAUCCAGGAACUCCGGUUAACAAAGAGUAUCUGGACCAUUGACUUGGCCUACCUAAUGCGGCACUUUGGUGUUAAGCAUAGGUUCUGCACACAAACACUUGGAGUCGACAAGGGCUAUAAAAAUCAGUCAUUCUACAGGAAACACUUUGACACGGAAGAGAACAGAGUGAACCAGCUGUUCGCCCAGGCCAAAGCCAGCAAGGUGCUGGUGGAGAAGUGCACAGUGACUGUACAGGACAUUCAGGAGCACCUGUCCCAAGGUCAUGUAGCCAUUGUCCUGGUGAAUGCAGUCUUGUUGCUGUGUGAACUUUGCUCAAGUCCCGUCAAAUAUUGCUGUUUCCUCCCUAUUGGCCAGAAGUGCUUCUGCAGGAAUCCUGACUACCAGGGCCAUUUCAUUGUGUUGUGUGGCUACAACAAAGCCUCAGGGAGUGUCUACUAUAACAACCCUGCCUAUGCUGACCGAACAUGCAGCACCAGUAUCAGUAACUUUGAGGAAGCCAGGACAAGUUAUGGCACAGAUGAGGAUAUCCUGUUUAUCUACACGGACAGCUGACAUCCAAGCUUGCUGCUUUGUCAUUUCUGGCGCAGUCUGCCUAGCACCUGCAUGGCAGCUGGCUGCUUGUCUCAGGACUCUUACUGCAGAGACUUAGCUCCUGAAUUGCAGUGGGAUCUUAAACAAGGGAUGAUUUAUAGACACUCAUACAUUUAUACUGCAGUGUUGUCUUCAUCUUUUUUUUCCUGAUGAUGAAAUAUCUGAUGUUGCAAUAUCUAACAUAACACAUUUUAAUUUGAACGUUGCACAUUUGAGAGCAGUUUCAAAAUGCAAUCCCCUCAGAGUCCAACUAUUACAGUUGGCUGUGAGGUUGUUUCUGAAUUAAAGACUUGAAAUAAAACACACCAAGUACACAAA